AUGAAUGUAGAAAAUCAAACGUCAAUCACUCACUUUGUUUUACUCGGUCUGACAGAUGUGGCAGAGGCUCAGUUAACUCUUUUUGCCAUGGUUUCCCUUUUUUAUUUUACAACUUUAAUAGGAAAUAUUUCUAUAUUUAUAAUAAUCAUAUGGGAUAGAAGUCUGCAUAUUCCCAUGUAUUUUUUCUUGUGGAAUCUCUCUAUCCUUGACAUUCUCUAUUCCUCUGUGGCUGUACCCAAGAUGAUCACUGAUUUCCUUGUCUUGGAGAAGAAAAUCUCCUUCGGUGGUUGCAUCUCUCAAAUCCAUUUUUUCCAUUUUUUUGGAAGUACAGAAGUUGUUCUUCUCACAGCAAUGUCUUAUGACAGAUAUGUAGCAUUAAGCAAGCCAUUACGUUACACUAUCAUAAUGAAUAGCAAGGUAUGUUUAGGAUUGGCACUGUUCUCUUGGAUAACAGGAUUUUUCCAUUCUCUGAUACACAGUUAUAUGACAGCAAAACUUCCCUUCUGUGGACCCAAUAUAGUAAAUCACUUCUUCUGUGACGUUAAGCCAUUGUUAACGUUGGCUUGCACGGACACAUCUCUAAAUUUUAAGCUUCUCAAUUUUGUCACAGGUACUUUAGUAACAUCAUGUUUAGUGUUUACACUUUUAUCCUACGCCUUUAUUAGCAAAUGUAUCCUAAAAAUAAAGACAUUAGGAGGAAGAAAAAAUGCACUGUAUACCUGCACUGCACAUCUUACAGUUGUUUUUAUCCACUUUGGGACAGCUAUUUUUAGCUAUCUAAGACCUUCACAACUUGACUCUCUGGAUCAAGACAAAGCUGUUGCAGUUCUUUUUAGUGUUAUAACACCUGCACUGAACCCAAUUAUUUAUACUUUGCGCAACAAGGACAUGAAGAGAGCCAUUAAAAGAUUUAUCAACAGAUUUGAUUUCUAA